CUCUGUAACAGGCGCUUAAUAUGUGCUGCAAUUAUCCACCAGUCCACGUAGAUCUAUUUUAUUAUUAGGAUGAUGUAGGAGUCGUAAUCUAAUUCAAGUUAACUAAACAAUCAACCGAAUAAAUUUGUCUUUUCUGUUUUGGUCAAGUUGGAAUGCAAUGUCGUGUGCACUUAUCGGAAAAUUAAGUCAGUGAUUUUCGGCCAAGGUCGGAUUCUACAAAGAGUACUCGGAAAUGGACAUCGAAUGGCCAAAUUCGACAGAAAACGUCACAUACACAACAACACACAACAUAUCGGACCUCGAUGCUGAAGAAUUCGACUACUACAACCAUGUGUCCAUCUUCUACAAGAUAUAUAUCGAAAUCUACACCUUCCUAGCCAUCAUCUGCAUCGUAGCUAACAUUUUAUUAAUUUUCGUGAUUUUAAAAUACAGAAGAUUAAGAUAUGACAAAGAAAAUAUCAUAAUACUUAACUGGUGUGUACUUAAUACGUUUUUCAUGUUGACACAACCACAAACUUUUAGGUUUUCGUUUUACUGGACAGGAUUAUGGAGCCAUCGAGCUUUUUGUAUACUAGAGCAAGCAGAAUUCACUGCGCUAUUUGGUGAUAUACUAUUCAUAGUUUUGUUGUUUAUAUUUUGGUUCUGUAAACUGUAUUAUCCUGCUAAAUAUGUAAAGUUAGCCAAUCAUGUUCGAUUUGCUGUAAUUAUUGUUUAUUUUAUUUGUUUGUGUAGUUUUAGUUUGCACAUAUAUGCUUGCUUCAAUAGGAAAUAUAUGAGGAUUUCAGAGUUGGUGCUAUGGUUGAUGUACUUAAUAUUUGUUGUAUUUAUGAUUGUUAUGAACGUAGUACAUUUAGUUAAAAGAAGAAAGUUUGUUCAAACAACGACAGUUUCCAACAUACCCUUAAUAUUAUGCAAUGUGUAUUUUUCUUCAAUAAUUUUGUUAAUUUUUACUAUACUUAUAAACAUAACGAUAGACUUAGGUAUAGAAUUUGCAAUUUGCCUUAUGGCCACUUCUAUGUUAUUGAGUAUAGUCACUCCCAUUUACUUCUUCCUUACGUUGUAUAGAUAUGACAAAAAUUAUAACACUUUUUUGGGGUACGUGUUGACCUGUCAGUGCAAUAAAUAUGGAAAGGAUGAAUUUCAAGAAGAACCUGUUGUCUUCAAUGGAACUGUGCAAAUGUCAUAGAAUAAGUUGUAGGUAAUAUGUAUAUAGAUUUAAUAAAUUAAAAAUUCUU